AUGGCCAAACGUAACAUCUGUGUCACCACUGCUGAGGUAUCGCCGAGUGGCGUCUGUGGCAAAUUGAAUCGUUCUAAUCGUUGUCUAAAGAUUGAUGAUUACGGGCCGACCGCCACCGAGGCACGUUCUUUUCCAGGAGUUCCCUUCUCGGUGGCGUUCUGGUACGAGCCUACAUCUUUGGAGAUGGAAGCCCAGGAACCGCUGAGAAAGGCGAAAUCAGAGCACACAAAGCCAAAUAGCCAACGGCUUCAGCGUUCCGAGAUCAAUAACAUCAGCAGCAACAAAACAGAAGAAAACAGAGCGCAGAAACAGGCAGCGCAUCUUCAUUUUUUGGAGCAAAACUCAGCUCCCACCAGCUCCAUCUCCCACCUUCAGGACCAGGAGCACCACCACAAAUCAGCCAUCACCACACAGGAGCCACCCCAGGAGCCGAGGAAGAGACCCCAUUACCAGGGAGGCCUCUCCCCACCACCUCAGGAGGAGCCCCCACCACACACCAGGGGCUCCUCCACUUCCCCCCCCCACUCAGGGGGAGCCCCACCAGUCACCCGGGGCUCCCCCCCUCCCUCCCCCCCCCCUCAGGGGAGCCUCCACCAGAGGCUCCCCCAGGCCCUGCCAGGGCCACCACGCAGCCCCCGAUCGAAAUUUUUUCCGUUACUGACCAUUGCCCGCCCUCCCGCCCUAAAAAUAUAA